GCUGCUUUUCUUCACCCGCCAUCGAUCUCACGCGGGCCGGGGCUGGAUUUUCGCAUUUGCUUCACACGCUCUUUUACCCUUUUCUCUCGUUACUCUGCAGCUUGUCGUACAUAUGUUGCUGCCAGUGUAAAUAUUCCCUUGUCUAUAUUACUGCCUCUCUUUCUUCCGAGUUGAUUUUUAUCUUCGCUUUUCAUACUUUAUUCCAGCCCGCCCGACCGCCACUACUACUCGAUGGGAUUCUUUGAUCACCUCCAAAGAGGAGGCUUUUCGCUCCAACCGAAGAAGCCGCAGAUUCGUCAGGUGGUACAGUCGCGACCUGCCCCCUCCUCACGCCCGGCACCUCAAAUCGCAAAUAAGCCUUCCUCAGGAAAUCUCUCCGCCGAACCUCGGCAGAAGACUCGAGAAUCCGCCAGCCGGUCAGCCUCGGGGGAUAGAAAGCUCUCACAAUCGAAGCGGCGACUGACGCCGUUACGGAACCGAAAGCGCCCGACUCCCGAACUGCGGUUGUCUAGUGAUGAUGACGACGAGGGGAGCGACACGGAUACCUCUCUCGAAGUACGCAAACGCGCAAGGACAGGUGACAGCGCAGAGCCGGAUUAUGGGAGACGGCUGCGAUCAGUGAAGGCGUUCUCUGGGGAUGACGCUAAAUCGCUUCCCAUUGUACACGCGGCGGAGAUCACGUCUGUGCAGAAGCCGGGGAAGUUCAAGCCAGCAUUUGGGAAUGCAGAUCAGACCUCGGAAAUUCUCCUGCAGUAUCCUAGUGCGACGCCGAAAGAAAGAUACGAAGUGGUGGUUCCCCGCGACGAUAAUGAGUUUAAACCCCUCGAUGAUAUUGUCCAGGUAAUCGAAACAAUAACCCAGGCAUACAUACCUGAGGACGAACUGGACGAAUUCAACAAUGAGUCGAGUGGUAUUAAGCGAAGAUUACGGCGCGGCCUCGCACGCGGAGACGAACCCGAGUUUCGCCAAUCUGUCACGGACUAUAACCAAGCCAUUGAACGUCUACGGGAAAGCGGAAGUGUCGCGAAAAAUCUAGACGCCACUCACCGGCUUAGUUUGCCUCACGUCGAACGAAUCCUGACACAGAUCUAUUCUCGGACGGUGUCACCACGAGUUGAAUCUCUUCGACAAUAUGAGAAUGGAUCUGACAACGUGUAUGGUGAACUUCUUCCUCGGUUUAUCAGCUCUAUCUUCAAAGAAACCGGGCUUAAAUCGAAUCAUGUUUUCGUUGACCUCGGGUCCGGAGUGGGGAAUGUGGUUCUACAGGCAGCCUUGGAAAUAGGUUGCGAGAGCUGGGGUUGCGAGAUGAUGCAAAACGCAUGCGACCUGGCAGAGCUUCAACAGUCAGAGUUCAAGGCGCGAUGCCGCCUGUGGGGCAUUGCACCAGGAAAGACUCACCUAGUGCGAGGAGAUUUCCUCAAGGAGCAAAGCAUUAUCGAUGUUCUGAAAAGAGCCGAUGUUGUCUUGAUAAAUAACCAAGCCUUUACCCCGCAACUCAAUAACGAAUUGAUCAACCAUUUCUUGGAUAUGAAGGAGGGAUGCCAAAUCGUCUCCCUCAAGUCAUUCGUCCCUGUUGGCCAUAAGAUUCAGUCGCGGAAUCUUAAUUCACCUAUCAACCUUUUGACAGUCAAACAAAGACAUUAUUGGUCUAACAGUGUUAGUUGGACUGAUGUUGGUGGCUCAUAUUUCAUCGCCUCGAAAGAUAGUUCUCGGCUCAAGGCUUUUUCGGAUAGUUUGGCAUAAGCUAUUCUCGAUACCGUGGCGCCGCAGAACACUAUUUGGACAAAUGCCUCCUUGUAUAAACUUUUUUGAGUUCUUUUGGUGCACGGAAGAUGUUGUAUUUUGACGACGUAAAUAGGAUACCAUUAUUAUUGCCAAUACAGAAUAGAUACCAUAUUUCACCUUCAUUAUAAAAAUUACUGGAGUUUUACAGGUCACCAGAUCGCCAGGGGCACAUUGUCCACUUUAUGAGUUCAAGGCAUGCGUUCAAAUCUAAAGGCCCAGUUUAUGAAGAGUAGCGUACUGUCUACGCAGUGGAAUGUUCUAUAUGCCGGAGGGAUAUUAGAAAUGAAAGGGGGCGGCCAGCUAUUCACCAAAUUCAAAGAAAGCCAGGGAGGGUAUCACGAGAACUUGGAAGCAUCAUUCAUGGCAUCUGCCUCUAUCCCCAUCCUGGCCAUCCA